AUGGGUCCAGAUCAACAUGCUCAAUUAGACGGCUUCGGUCUCACCCUCCCGUUUCCAAUCCGUGUGGCAGCUCUGCUUGCUCUUGGUUGGUGGGGAUGGGGCCUGAAUGUACAAUAUUUACAGAAGGCUCAUAUUAACAUAGCCAAACUCAUCGGCUAUCCGGACACGCGGGCACCGGGCCAGCUCUCGAUCCACAGCGCCACAUAUCGCCUUUCAACCUACUUUACCAUCCCAAUAGUCAUCUGGCUCAUCGUCUUCUGGGUGGCAACACGCCGAAUUUAUGAUCUCGUCGAACGACUCGAUUGGAUCCCACAAUCUCUUUGGGUAGUACUGCUCAUUAUCUUAAUAUGGCCCCUCAAUCGCGCUUCUCGCCAUGGCCGCAUUCAGUUUCUCCUCAGCUUCAAGCGGGUGCUCAUCGGAGGUCUGGCCUCGGACGAGCGCAAGUUUGGAGAUAUUCUGCUGGCAGAUGCUAUGACUAGUUAUGCCCGAGUCUUCGGGGACGUCUAUGUCACCUUCUGCAUGUUUUUCACCGGCGACAUUUCUGCCACAUCGAAGCCGAUCCGGUCCUGCGGUAAACCAAUUGUCGUGCCAAUUAUCAUCGCCGUUCCAUACGCAAUUCGACUACGCCAAUGUUUGACAGAGUACAUUCGGGCGCAGCGGGCCUCUUCGCAACCCGGCGCUGGCAACCAGCAUUUGGCUAACGCCCUGAAGUAUGUCUCUGCGUUCCCGGUCAUUUACUUGGCGGCCAAGUUGCGCAACUAUAAUCCUUUGGACUUCAACGGAUACAGUGAGAUGAGCAUGAUGCGUAUUCUGUUCCUCUGCUCGGCCGUCAACUCGGCCUACUCAUUCUGGUGGGACGUGGUGAAGGAUUGGGAUUUGACCCUCUUCAGCGAUGCGCGUAUCGACCCAUCAGGCCGCUAUGCGUAUGGGCUCCGAGAAAACCUUCUUCUUGGUCCCCCACGGUUGUACCACUAUGUCAUAAUCGCGGAUCUUGUCCUCCGUUUCUCAUGGGCAUGGCGUAUAUUGCCUGGUCUCUCGUGGCUCUCCGAAAAAGAGAGCGGUCUGUACAUUCUGAUGUUCCUCGAAGUGGCCCGACGUUGGAUGUGGGUAUUCUUACGAGUUGAGGCCGAACACCCCUCCCCAAAUGGAACCAACCCAACGGCAAACCAAUCGAUUGAACGAACCCUUUUUUUCCCGAUCGGCGUCCUCUUUUUGAAUCCUGGAACCCCUCACCACUACAUCUGGAACGAGUAUGAGACACAGAACAUAAAUUUUAGCGCCCACUAUGAGCACAGAUUUGCUCUGAUUCUCUUCGGAUACCACACGCCACUCUCCAUUGCGGCUUAA